CUCCCUCUGGUCAGGAGUGUGUGGUUCAUACCUUCAGAGGACACUCUGGAGCAGAACAGCUCAAAUAAAAGACUUUAGGGGGGGGUGGAGCUUUUACUUUGAAGUUUGAUGCCAGUGACAGAUACAUGGGCUUCGCUCCUCUCAGGAAAAGGAAACACCUCCUCCAAUACAUGAGUCUGGACCACUGCUGGCUGGCCCUCCUCCCUCUGAGGGAUGAGAGGGAGUGAAUCACAGUGGAGGGCAGCUCGCUCUUCAGUCCAGCAGCGUCUGCUCAGCUGUCACGUACGCCGAAUGACCCACGACCCCUCGCUGCUGCUUUUCUGCCUGAGAGAUGAUGGGAGUCUGAUCUAAGUGACCGGCUCUAAACGUGGAUCUGAAUUCUUUGUUUGGCAGUGGAAGAUUUGAACCUGUCAACCUGUGCAUGACCAAGGAUCUGCCUCGGGUCAUCCGGGAGGUAAAUGCGUAAAAGGAGAUGGUGCAUGUCUGAACCCACAGUGAACCAAGAUGGAACCCAUUAAGAGAGACAUGGAGCUGCUCAGUAACAGCAUGGCGACCUACGCUCACAUCAAAGCCAAUCCAGAGAGCUUUGCCCUCUACUUCAUGAUGGGCGUCUGCUUCGGGCUGUUCAUGGCGCUGUGCCUCCUGGUGGCCGGCAUCGCUUGCAGGGCUCGCCGCCACAGAAGACCUCCCCCAUCUCCGUCAAAGAGACAGCUCAAAGAGUCCAGCGAGGAGGAGGAGGUGGAGGAAGAGGAGGAGAGCAUAGGAGAAGAGGACGUGGCGGUGGAUGUGGAGAGCCCUAAAGUGACAGUGGGUCCUCUGAGUGACCACAGUAGCCAGUCCAACGGCACUCUGAGGAGCGUGAACGUGUUCAGCUCUGCCGAGGAGCUGGAGAAGGCGAGGCGUCUGGAGGAGAGGGAGCGAAUCGUCAGGGAGAUCUGGAGGAACGGGCAGCCGGACAUCCUGGUCACAGGGACCGGGACUAUUGGACGAGUUCAUUACCACUGAGGGAGACUUGGACUGAGCUUUUAAAAAGACUGAAAGGGACCGACACUGCACACAAACGUGCUUUCUCUGUAUGGAGGCACAAAGAGAUUAAAAAUGAAUAAGGCGCAAACUCCCCACGUUAUGAAAAAAAUAUUAUGUUCACCAAUUAAAGACUUUAUGUCAUAAUCACAAUUUUAUUGUGUAAAAUGUCUGAAACAAAUAGGCUCCACCCCCACCCCCGAAUUUGUUAAAUGGAAAAAUAAAUGGAUGGCUGCAUUGAUAGAUUUUUG